CUCCUCUAUCCCGAGUCCUUCCUGCCAGAGGCCCCAGGCCCCAGCUGUCAACGUCGUCCUCGUCCUCUCCUCCGCCGCCUCCUCUUCCUCUUCCCAACUUCCCCUCGACCCUCUGCCCUUCCCUUCCCCGUUUCUCCGCUCACUCAACUCAGGCGCCGCGCUCCGGUGAAUGCGAUGGCCACGGCUUCGCCGGAGCCGCUCUCCAGCGGCCAGGAGGGGGACGAGGAUGAUGAGGUGAGGCUCGACGACGAAUCGGAUCAGGCGCUCAAGGAGAAGUUGCAACGAAUACAGUACGGACUCAACAAGUUCAUCCCCCCGGACGGUGGGAAGAAGUACCGCCUAUUGCGCGACUCCAUCAACCGCGAGCUCGCCCGCCGCCAAGCUGCUCGCUCGGCCUCGGCCUCUCCCCAGCCACGGCCAUCGCGUCCGCCGGGCCGCCAAGGCGAGCCGCAGGAUAACAGCAGAUGCGAAAGGAUAAUCCAGUCAAGGCAUGCAGAAUCGUCUGGUUUGCCUAGUGAUUGCAAUGAGAAUCAUGGAGUAACCAAAUCUGAUUUCUUUUCCGCAUUUAAGGUGGAUGAUGAGGCAGGCCUUAAUUUGUCUCGUAUGGAGAUAACUAGUGCAAGCCCUAGCAAGCCUAAAACUUCAGUAGAGAGUGAAGGGAAGUUUUGUGAGGUGGAUGAGUCUUGUGAAACCGAUGGACAACCAAUAUGUUUGUCUACCAAAAAAGUAUCAUAUAUGGACAACUCAAUCGACCUGGAAAAUUUGUCUCCUGGCGAUGCAUUCAAGGAUAAUGGCCACACUAGGAUACAUGAACAUGCUUCUACGCCUUCUCGAAAAAGGAAAGGAGAUGACCCAGGGGCCUUUUCAAUGCGGUUGAGAUCAAGAAAGGUUCAAGAGGUUGUUCUACUCGAUGGAGAUGCACGUCAUUCAGAAUCCGCAGAUAAGAUAACCAAUAAAUGGGAUGCAAUGAAGAUAUACUAUCCUUCAAGUGAACACCCUCAGUCUGUAGAACUUUCUCAUGAUGACAUAAAAUGCCUAGAGCCUGAGUCUUUGCUGUCCUCACCUAUAAUGAACUUCUACAUUAUGUACCUGCAACAGCCAAUGUCAUCAAUUAGUAUACCAAAAGGCAAGUGCCAUAUUUUCAACACAUACUUCUUCAGCAAACUUGAAGCCCUAAUAUCAAAGGUAGACAAAGCUUCUUAUUUCUUGAAGCUGAGAAGAUGGUGGAAAGGCAUAGACAUAUUCAAAAAAGCAUAUAUAUUAUUCCCUGUGCAUGCAGAUACCCACUGGAGCCUUGUAAUUAUAUGUAUGCCAUCAAAGGAAGAUCAAUCAGGCCUCAUUAUACUUCAUUUGGAUUCACUGAAGUUUCAUAGAAGCAGACAUAUUUUCAGUGUCGUUGAGAGAUUCUUAAAAGAAGAAUGGAGUUACCUGAAUAAAAAUGGUUCUUUAGAAGAAUGUCCUAUACAAGAAAUGGUGUGGAAGAACCUUCCUCGCAAGAUUGAGAAGAAACCUAUUGCGGUCCCGCAGCAGGAAAAUGAAUAUGACUGUGGCCUCUUUGUUCUAUACUACAUGCAGCGAUUCAUUGAGCAGGCACCUGAGAGGAUUCACAAGAAAGACCUUUCCAUGGCGAGUGACUAUCUUUUGGCAAAAGAUGGUUCCAACCUGAAGAGGCUUCUGCAUUACGGACGAAAAUUCAGAGUGUGCUUCUUCAGUUGUUUCAUGAAGCUAAACCCAAUAACAAUACACCAGAGCAGCAGACAACGGGUCCGUCGCUUGUGGAAGCUAAAUCUAAGAAUAAUUUAAUGGAGCCGACAGUGCCAGAACAACCUGUGGAAGGCAGUUCAGCCAAGUUGGCAUCACCGAACCAUUUGGAUGGCAGUUCAAUCCAACCAACAAGUUUUGAGCACCCUUUGGAAUGCAGUUGACUUUACCACCUUGGAAGCAACUAAUGUUGCUGUAGAAAUCGGCUCGGCCUUGUGUAUUAUAGAGGGGAAUGUGUACAUCUCUGAGCAUUGUAGUCUGCAUCUGUAGGUAGGGAGACUUGACGUGGUGUCGCGUAACAGAACAUUGAAGUUAAUGCACCUGCGGGAGCUGCCCUGUAUAUAACAGUAGAAUAACUGGUAGUGUAUGAGCCACUCGAGGUUGAUUUCAUUUGACCUUUUAGGCUUUUAGGUUCGACUGGAAGAGGAUAAUCUAAUUUUAAAGGCCUGAUUGAGAGGAUGUUUUAUAA